GCCUUAAAAAUGGUGAAGAAAAAAAACAGAGAAUGCAAACAGUGUUGAAAGUGUAGAGUAGAGUCCCUACAUAUACAGCUCAGCUACAAAAAAGACUUUAAUUACUUUCUUAAGUUUCUUUUCAAUUUCAAUUCAAUUCAAGUCAAUUCAAUCUCGUGAAAUGAAUAUGAAAUGAACCAGCACAACACCGAAACCGCCGUUAAAAACAAUAAACCUUAAAUUACAACAUUUUUACGGUUCUGAAAACACACACACACACGGUGUUGGAAGUUGGAACAUAGUCCCACAACAACUCAUACCAAUUAUCAAAAAACAACUCUUUUUUGUUCCAACUUUUGGUCUCUUCCAAGAAUCUCAUUCCAAUUACCGUUCAUCUUCUAAGGGAAAAGUUUGUGUUUUGGAAUCUAGAAAAAAAUGGGUUUGAUUUCUGGGAUUUUUAUGGGGAUGUUAUUCGGCAUAGCAUUGAUGGCUGGAUUGGCUCGUAUGAUGAAGUAUAGAAGUUCCAAGAGAAUUGCAAAGGCUGUUGACAUCAAACUCCUUGGAUCCCUCAACAGAGAUGAUUUAAAGAAACUUUGUGGUGAAAAUCUUCCUGAGUGGAUAUCUUUUCCUGUAUACGAGCAGGUGAAAUGGCUAAACAAGCUCCUGAGCAAACUUUGGCCGUUUGUGGCAGAAGCCGCAACACUGGUGAUCAGGGAAUCAGUUGAACCUCUACUGGAAGAGUACAGACCUCCUGGAAUUACUUCAUUGAAGUUCAGCAAACUGUCAUUAGGAAAUGUAGCUCCGAAAAUUGAAGGUAUUCGCGUGCAGAGUCUUACCAAAGGUCAAAUCAUAAUGGACAUAGAUUUCCGAUGGGGUGGUGAUCCCAGUAUUAUUUUGGCCGUCGAAGCUGCACUUGUUGCAUCAAUCCCUAUUCAGUUGAAGGAUCUAAAAGUUUUUACUGUCAUCCGUGUUAUAUUUCAACUUGCUGAAGAGAUCCCUUGCAUUUCUGCCGUUGUUGUUGCUCUACUUGCCGAGCCGAAGCCAAGGAUUGAUUAUACUCUGAAAGCUGUUGGUGGAAGUUUAACUGCUCUUCCUGGAAUUUCAGAUAUGAUUGACGAUACUGUGAACACAAUUGUUACUGAUAUGCUCCAAUGGCCACAUAGGAUUGUUGUUCCCCUUGGUGGGAUACCUGUUGAUAUUAGUGAACUGGAGCUUAAACCUCAAGGAAGUCUUAAAGUGACUGUAGUGAAAGCGACUGGUUUAAAGAAUAUGGAAAUGAUUGGAAAAUCAGAUCCUUAUGUUGUUUUGUCCAUUCGACCCUUAUUCAAGGUUAAAACCAAGGUCGUUAAUAACAACUUGAAUCCUGUUUGGGAUCAAACAUUUGAGUUGAUUGCAGAAGACAAGGAGACUCAGUCACUCAUUCUUGAGGUUUUUGAUGAAGACAUUGGGCAAGAUAAGAGACUGGGAAUUGUAAAAUUACCCCUUAUUGACCUGGAAGUACAAAAUGAAAAGGAGCUUCAAUUGAAUCUGCUGUCAUCACUUGAUACACUCAAGGUGAAAGAUAAGAAGGAUCGAGGAACCUUGACUGUAAAGGUCUUCUAUUACCAGUUUAACAAGGAAGAGCAAUUGGCUGCACUAGAAGCAGAAAAAGCUAUAUUAGAAGAAAGGAAGAAACUAAAAGCAGCGGGCGUCAUCGGUAGCACAAUGGAUGCACUCGAUGGAGCAGCUGGACUAGUAGGGUCUGGUGUUGGACUAGUUGGAAGUGGUCUUGGUGCUGGAGCCGGGCUUGUCGGCAGUGGUAUUGGUGCUGGAGCAGGAAUUGUUACCAGUGGAUUUGGAGCCUUCGGUAGCGGAAUUACUAAAGCAGGAAAGUUUAUGGGAAGGACCAUAACAGGAGGUCAUAGUGGCUCAAGAAGGAGUGGUUCAUCUACUCCAGUUCAUAAUCCACAGGAAAAUGGUAGUGGUGCUGCAAAGCCUCAAUAAUUCUUGCUUGUAUACAGUAAAAUAAUGAAUUGAAUGGAACUUUCAGGUUCAGUAACCUUUGAUAAUUUGACAGAUUUCUUGUGUUGAUUGAUAUAGCAGAAAUGUGAAUUUAGUUUGUAUAUUAUGUUUGACUUUGAUGUGUAAUAUUAAGUAUCAACAGAUUCUAAACAUUUGUUAUUUAUUGUUGCAACUUGCAACUCAUUGUGAUUCAAAACACACCAAAAUGUGUUGCAAAUUAAGUUCUUUGUCAUUUGGAACAAGUGGCUGGUUUGAAUUUUGGGAAUGA